GAUCUCUGUGAUUUUAUGAUUUGCCCGCCUCCACUCUUCGGUUCCUGAGAGAAAGGCUGCGUUCGAACGAUACGCUAAUCAACGGUUGUUUCCCAUGCUGUUCCUAUUAGCCCCCCACCCCCAGUUGAUUAGCGUGUCGUCCGAACUCAUCCAAAGACGCAUUUUGUUUAACCUAGUACCACACGAUAGCACGGAAGUGAAUGACAGGAGAUGAAACGCGCAGGCGCCGGAAAUUGGGUCAACUGGCUGUGUACGCGACACACGCAUGCGUGGAGGAAAGAGGCGACUGCGGUUAGUCCUGAAGCGGCUCCUCCCUCUCCAGUCCGCUGCCGCGGAAGUGACUGAGCUUGUUUGGGGUCCGGGUGGCUCUGGCUGGUUUUGGUGCUUCCGUCCGUGCAGCCCCUGCACGCUUUCAGGAUUCUGAGGUUUUGAAAGUGAAGGUGUUUAGGUAUCUUCAUUGGAAAUUGGAGGACUUAACAUUAGGCUGAACAAACCACGCCUAGAAGUGCAAGCAGACAGAUGUGGGUGAUUGACUCAUGGCCGCAGAUAACCCAGUUCAUUCAUCCAGUAUUAACUGUAACUUGGACACAUUCUUUAGACUUGGCAGGUAGGUUUUUCUUUGGUGGAUGACUUCACAGGUCAAUCAUUCUACUGGGACCCCACCCUGCUCUCAAGUUAAGGAAUCCUUUCACUCAGACAGGAUGAUACAUCAGUGGAAUGGCUGUUCAGAAACCAAAAAGGUGCUUGUGUUAGACAGGAACUUCCACAUUCUCUGGAGAGAUCUACUGUACUUGAAAACUUACAGAAAGCUUUGUAGCUUCUAUACAUUGCAACUGCAUUGUACCUGAAAUUGUUUUGCUCUCGACAUGAAGAGGAUCAGGCAGACUGUUAAAGCUGAAAAUCCAGUUCUUCAAUCACUACAGAGAACAAAAAAGCAAAAAAGUGGUUUCUAUAACUCAUUAUUUGACACAUCUCAUCCUUAUACCUUGAUGGACUGGGGAAGCUUGCCACACCUUGUAGUCUUGAACAUCUUUCAAUGCUUGCCUCUUGUUGAUCGUGCUCGUGCGUCUUCGGUUUGCCGAAGAUGGAAUGAAGUGUUUCAUAUCCCUGAUCUCUGGAGAAAGUUUGAAUUUGAGCUUAAUCAGCCUGCUACUUCAUACUUAAAAUCUACUCACCCAGAUCUUAUCCAGCAGAUUAUUAAGAGACAUGCUGAUCACUUGCAGUAUGUUAGCUUCAAGGUUGAUAGUAGUACUGAGUCCGCAGAAGCAGCAUGUGACAUCCUUUCUCAACUAGUGAAUUGUUCUAUCAAGACACUUGGUUUGAUUUCAACAGCAAAACCAAGUUUCAUGAAUGUUUCCAAGGCUCAUUUUGUGUCUGCGCUGACAGUAGUAUUUGUCAAUUCCAAGUCAUUAUCUUCCAUCAAGAUUGAAGACACUCCAGUUGAUGAUCCAUCUUUGAAGGUUCUUGUUGCUAACAAUAGUGAUACUUUAAAAUUGCUUAAAAUGAGCAGCUGCCCUCAUGUGUCACCUGCUGGUAUUCUUUGUGUAGCUGAUCAGUGUCAUGGCCUUAGAGAGCUUGCUCUUAAUUACUAUCUGCUAAGUGAUGAAUUAUUGCUGGCUCUUUCAAGUGAGAAGCAUGCUAAUCUUGAACAUCUCCGUAUAGAUGUUGUAAGUGAAAAUCCAGGACAGAUUGAGUUUCAUGCUAUCAAAAAACAAAGCUGGGAUGCACUCAUUAAGCACUCUCCCAAAGUCAAUAUCGUGAUGUACUUCUUUCUAUAUGAGGAAGAAUUUGAUGCAUUCUUCAAGGAGGAGACUCCAGUAACUCAUCUUUACUUUGGCCGAGCAGUAAGCAAAUCAAUGCUUGGCCGUAUUGGAAUGAACUGCCCGAGGCUGAUUGAAUUGGUCGUCUGUGCUAAUGGCCUUCAACCCUUGGACGAUGAACUAAUUCGCAUUGCUGAACGCUGUAAGAAUUUAACUGCCAUGGGACUUGGUGAAUGCGAAGUUACAUGUAGAGGCUUUAUUGAGUUUGUAAAGAUGUGUGGAGGCAGACUCACCCAGCUAUCCAUUAUGGAGGAAGUGCUUAUUCCAGACAAUGACUACAACCUGGAUCAAAUUCAUUCUGAAGUUUCCAAACAUCUAGGAAGAAUGUGGUUCCCUGAUAUGAUGCCAAUAUGGUAAACUGACAAAAGGCCAUUUUGGUCAGAACUGGCUGUACAGGUUUUUGCUUUCUAUGCAAAUAAGGAAUCGUAAAUAUAUUGAAUUAUUUUUUUCAGUGAAUUGCAUUAUGGCAGUGCUAUGCCACUUUAAAAACGUAAUAGUUAUACUGAAGUGUACAGACUGACAGUAUGUCUGUUAGUUAUCCUCCAGUUAAGUGCUUAGUUUAUCCUCCAGUUAAUUGGAGCAUUUUAACUGAUUUGUAUUUAAUUGUUAAGCACUUGGUUUAGUACAAGGUACUACAGUACUCAUAAUUCUGAUGUGGCUGAAAAUUUUGGCCUUCUUGGUAAAUUUUUGAUUAAUGGAUGUCUGAAGCUUUCAGUUAAAGUGCUGUUUCUUUUGUUCCUUUAAUAGAAAGAAAUGUACAAACUUUUGAGCAGCAGCAGCAGCUUAUAUCAAGCCUGAGACUUAUAUGUAUUAGUAUUGUGGCAAAUUAUGAGUCCAUGCUACAACAGGACAAUUGUAAAUGUGCUAUAUCACUGUUCUCAAGUUUAAAAAAUUGCUCUUAUGUGGUCGGUGAAUAAAAUCACUGGUCAAUGUGUGCCCUAGAGUUCAUGAUUCUAAUUAUGGAUGAAUAAUACAGCUGUCUUCCAUAAUGAUUACCAGGACAAUUAACUAACCCCUGCCAACCACCUCUUGAAAAUUAAGUGAACCUUCACGAACCGCUGCCAGUAGCUGUGCUGUAGACACAGCUUGAAGAGUGGUAGAACAGCAACUUUGUUAACCCCAGGAACUUUUCUCAUCCUGCCUAUAAUAUGGCAGUGAUCAGUUGAUACUUUUCUAGUACAUUCUUCCUGUACUGGACUCUGGUGUGUUAAUAUAACAUAUGCAAGCAUUGAUCGAGGAUGGAUACUUGUCUGUAUGAUGUUGAUGCUCCUUAUAAGACAUACCUUUCCAGGAUAAUAGCUUUAUCUCUGAAUGUUCUGGCAUCACAACCCAUACAAACUUAAAAUAUACUUCUUCUUCUGGUUGCAGAAGAUACAAUUCUUUUCUCAGUUCUUGUUGGGAAAACACUUCUCUCCCCCUACCCCCUUAAUAUUUAAGCACACAUCUUCUGUAUUUUUAAAGUUAUGGAUACUAUUUUUUCUCUCUGCAGUAUUGCCUUAUUUCAGAAUUGGGCAACUUGUGGCCUACAACUUCCACGAUUUCGCCAUUGGCUAUGCUAGCUAGAAUUGAUGGGAGUUGUAGUCUAAAACAUCUGGAGGGCUCCAGAUUGCCCGUCCCUCAGUACUGCUGCAGAAUCAGGGCUAAUGUCAGUGUCAUAGACAGUUUCCUUUACUCUAAAAUAGUAGAAAGAUUGUGAGUGGGGAUGGGAACCUUUUAAAAUAAAAGUUUUGGUAGAAAACCAGGUAGAAAGUGUUCUAGAGUGCAGUUUAUCAGGCUCUCCUUUGUGAUGCAUAUCCCAGAAAUAGGCAGAUAGUAUUAUUCAAAAGGAUGCCUGAUAGGUGAUACUCGUUCCCAUCCUUCUUUUUUUUGGCUAGUAUGUAACCUUGAUAAUAGGAGGCAAAGAUAGAUAUCUCCAGCAAAGUCAAUAUUACAUAUAUUGAGACCAUUUAUUUAGCAGUCACAUCCUAUCAGCUGGAGCAGAGAUCAGACUCAAGACAAGCGGUUGUUCAGUGGUUUGAAAGUAAGCUGCAUUAAACUUAGUAGAACACAUUCAAGGUAAACUUAAUAGGAUUGAUUGCAUGACUUUUGACCAGAUUGGCAGUUGGAGUUCCAGUCUGCUGGCUUAGAAAUUACACCAACUCAUUCCUCUCUAUACUCAGCAAUGCUGAGUAUUUGCUUUUAGCCUAGCAUUUUUUACUGUGCGCCUCUGGCAUCAUUAAUAACCAGUCUUCAUUUAUUUCAAGCAAAAUUAUCUUAACUAAAUUGGCAGUUCAUCUGUAACCAUCUUGGUCUCAGCAGCUUAAAUUGGGAUUUUGUACAUGAUCAAUUAAUAAUUCUCUAAAAAGAAAGUGGCAGUCAAACCUUCCUAAAUAGGGUUGGAUUUUAGUACAGACUUUGAUUGACAAGUUUAUGCAUAAUUACAGUACAAUCAUACAUAAUUUUUACUCAGAAGUCUUAGUCUUCACUGGAAAUUACACUCUCAUAAGCACAUUUAGAUUUAGUUUUAGAUACAGAAUCUAAACAAAAUUCAUGGAUGAGUGAACCCAUUUCCUUUUUGCCAGAAUAAUCCAUACAGACUAAACAUACUGCAUAGCAGCACUAAUUACAUUAUGGAUGCAAAUCGGAUGGACAUUAUAAAACAAAAUCGGUGAGCUAUGGUUAGAAGAGCUGCGGAAACCUCUGGGAACUAGAAGUUUGUGGUAAAAGAGUUCUGGUAAUCUUAAAAUCACAUAACUUGCUAGCACAUCCUUCAUUGCAGUGAAACCAAAGUCAAAAUUGCAAUCAUACUUGGGCAAUUCUCCAAACUUCCUACUGAAGCUAUUGGUAUAAUGAGAAAGGUAUGACCGUUCCAUUAUUAUUGUUUAAGAAAACUCAAGUAGAGCCAUUUCCACAAUGAAUCUUAACUUUUCUAUUGAGCAGUGGUGUGUUAACUAAAGCAUAAUGUUGUAAAUAAAAUUAUUUUGGAACUUGUACAUUAUGUAUAAUAAAUUAUGGAUAUGAGA